UCAUAGUUUUUUGUCACGACCAAGAAUGGUCUUACAUGGUCAGGUCAAUGUAAGAGGCCUAUCGGUCAUUGACCCGGGGGUACCGAGACACCAUUGAAUGGAAAAGGUCGCUAGUUCAAAUCAGGUCAAAUUGAGACCGGAAACUUUCUGACAAAACACAAGGAAACUUCUCGGUAAAUGCCAAAAUCCCUUGAAAGAAUGUAUUUAAACACGAAGACGUUUGUUGCUCGACUUGCUUUUCUGCCCUGCGCGUAAAGAAAUGGGUGAUGUAGAUGUAAACUACAAGACAACACCUUCCGAUCAAACCCGUCAAGCUGAAUCACGUGCCUGGGGCUACCAACACGUUAUAAAGCUUCAACGCCCUUGCAACGAAGCGAUAUUCAAGAAGUUCAGACAGAAACUCACGAUAUACACACUCGUGUACAUUCAUAGCACCGAUCCCAAGAGAAAAUUGGAUGAGAAACAGGCGCAGGAACAGAAAACUUGUACAGAUAAGGAAGGUAAUGAGAAUCCCGAAUGGAAUCAAGUCAUGAAAUUUUCUUUGAGUUGGGUUUCGAUUCAUGAUUGCGAUGACCUCUUCCUCCAUUUCGAAUUCCGCCAUGACGGACUCAUAAUUGGAGACAAGCUCAUCGGAGAGGUCCGCGUGCCUCUCAAGAAUCUGAUCCUUGAAGCCGGCCCUACUCCUGGUGUGAUUCGUUUCGUGAAUUAUGAGGUUCGCAAUAGUGAAGGCAAGCCCAAUGGGAUUUUCAAUUUCUCUUACAGAGUGAUUGACAACAAGGGAGUUGAGACUCGCAUUUCGUCGGAAAAUGUUGAAGGUAAGAUCACCGGGUACCCUCUUCUAGAUCCGGCUCUAACAGGUCACAAUUCUCCGAAUAAUUCACGCAUUCAAACUUCCACUUCGGAAAUCCAAAGCGUAUUUUGUGGUGAUAGAAUCAGCUAUCCGAUGGUGACGUUACCGGCGGCGGAUCCCAUCGACGGGGGCCUCAAUUCUGCGUCGGCGCUACCGCUUGUUUCUUCGCCGUCGGCUGCGGAUUAUCAUUGCCACUUCUCACAUAUCUCGCCUCCGUAUCCACCUCCGCCGACAGCACUAUCUAUGCCGCCGCCGCCGCCGUUCCCGAUGCAUUACUCAUAUCCGCCUCCGCCUCCGCCACCGCCUCUGCCUAUGGGAACCUACGGACCGCAUUUCUACGGGCCGGUAAGGCCGGAAGCCCAUGGGUGGGCAUCAGACCCGAAUUUCCAGCAUCCUUGGAGUCCGAGGUGGUGACUGGUGAUUAACGACUGAGUACUGAUUUUUUUUUUUUUUUUUGGUAAACUACUGAGUAAUGAUAUUGAUACGCCUAUGUCCCUGUUUCUGGUUCUUGGGAUAUUGCUGCUUUGUUUUGAACUGAUGGCUUUAGGAUUUUCUUUUCCCUUUUCAAUUUUGUUAGAAUUAUGUAAGCAGUUUGCGUUGCAUACUUAUAUUCAUAUAUAAAAUUAUAAAUACUUGUUUAUGAUAAUUCAGAUUCAGGAUUGUGAGUAUAUCCAGUUAUCCACUGGUUCUGACAGCUAAAACAUCUUUAACACCGACCGUGAUCCUUAGAAUAUGG